GAGAUGGCACUUUUACUGCUCCUGAUUGGCUCGCCAGAGCCACCCAGUGUUUGAAGGGCAUGCAGUUUUGUCGGCUAAUACAUAACGAGGACGUAUGCGACUUUAGGUUGUUUCUCUUCCCCCACUCUUUCUGUCUCAGGUCUGGAUGCUGCAGGCUGUGUCCAGGCUGAGUAGAGCAGCGGUGCUUGUGAGGCGAGUGGCCGCCCAGGUCCAGGUCACCACUGUAACCAUGGCCCAGAAUCACCAGAGCUGCGGUACCUCCUGUCAACGGAAUGGGGGUGCUGUCACAGCAGCCAUCCUCAUCAUCGGGGACGAGAUACUCAAGGAACGGUGGGUUAACUGCCUUGUUCAGGGGCAGAACGACAGAUUUUCACCUUGUCAGCUCGGGGAAUCCAAUCUUGCAACCUGCCUCUCGUUGCACUCCACAAGGAGACUGACUGCCUGUGAAGCGAAUGCAGUAGAAUCCAAGGGUCACACGGUGGACACUAACAGCGCCUUCCUGUUGCGAGCUCUGAGGAAGCUGGGAGUGUGUGUCCAGCGUGUCACAGUAAUCCCAGACCAGCAGGAGGUCAUCUCUAAGGAGGUGGCCCUCCUGGCCCCACAGUACACACACCUGCUCACCUCUGGGGGAAUAGGCCCCACCCACGACGACGUCACCUUCGAGGGUGUUGCCAUGGCGUUCGAGGAGGAACUGCAUGCCCACCCGGAGCUGGCCCGUUUGGUGGAGGAGUUCUUUGGGGUGGUGGAUAGGGAGAAUGCAGCCAUGAAGCUAGCCAUGGUCCCCCGCUCGGCCAAGCUCAACUACGGCACUGACCCUCAGACUGGACAGCCACUACGCUACCCACUGGUGAGUGUGCAUAACGUCUACAUCUUCCCUGGGAUCCCGUCUCUGUUGGAGAGAGCCUUCAACGGUCUGGAGCACCUGUUCGCUGGCUCAGGGACCACCUUCCACACACGAGAGGUGUUUGUGGAUGCAGACGAGGCGUUGAUCGCCCCGGUGCUGACCCGCCUGCAGGCGGGCUGGGGGAAGAGGGUGGCUCUGGGCUCCUACCCUGACUGGCUCAGUAACUACCACCGGGUCAGGCUGGUGUUGGAUUCAGACAGCUCUGAGGAGGUGGAGAAGGCCCGGGCUCAGCUGCUGGAGGAGAUGCCCAAAGGCAGUGUGGUUCCCCUGGUCACGGACCCUGUGUCCAUUGCUACUGAGGAGGUCUACACACUGGCCAACAGCGGCACACCACUGGGUGAUAAAGUGGCAAACGCUCUGAAGACCAUAGAGACUGCUCUGGAUCAGUAUUCGGCAGGGGAGAUCUGUGUGGGCUUCAAUGGAGGCAAAGACUGCACUGCUCUUCUACAUCUAUAUUACGCUGCACUGAAACGGCGGUAUCCGGAGGGUAAGGACAAGGUAAAGGCUCUGUACAUUCGCAUCGUCUCUCCCUUCCCAGAGAUGGAGAGAUUCCUCCAGGACACAAUAAAGAGAUAUGACCUGGAGAUUUUCUCAGUGGAGGGCAGUAUUCGGCAGGCAUUGAGUGAGGUACAGGAGAGGAGGCCGGAGCUGAGAGCUGUGUGUAUGGGCACCAGGAGGAGUGACCCCUACUCACACACACUCACACCCAUGUGUCUCACUGACCCUGGAUGGCCGGACUACAUGAGGGUCAACCCCCUGCUGGACUGGACGUAUCAUGAUAUCUGGUCAUUCCUGAGGACUCUAUAUGUGCCCUACUGUAUUCUAUAUGAUAAAGGGUACACCUCAUUGGGCAGCAUGGACAACACCUGCCGAAACCCCGCCCUCCAAGUGGUGGAUGGGAGGGGCGUGAGCCGCUAUAGACCUGCCCACCACUUGGAGAAUGAGGAAAUGGAGCGCGACUCACGUGAAUGAUGUCACUUCCUUGUUUGUAACGUCAUGUCCUGAUCUUUUUUCCGCCCUUCCUGUUUGGGGCUCCUGGUAAGAGAUGCUUGUAGGGACAGACCUAGGAUCAGCAUAUCCUCCUCAAAUCCCAACCUUAACCAUUAGACAAAACUGAACAUACAGGCAACUUCUGAAGAGAGGAGGGGAGGAAGGACGUGGAGAGUGAAAGAAAGAGGGAACAGAUGGAGGAAAGUGGAACAGACAAAGAACCAGAGACUGAUCGCAGAAUCAGGGAAUUUUGAAGGAAAAGUGUGUGUUUCUGAAUGGAAAACAUGUGCCUGAGUGUAUGUCUGAGUGGCUUAGAAUCUAAAGAUAUGGAUUUAUAUGGUUUGUAAUAAAAUAUCAAUCUGUCACAAGUUUA